AUAACUGAGCCCCAAUAAUUCUCAAUUGAAUAAUUAGGUCUUGAUUUCAAUUGAAAAUCUGAAUUUUUUUCUAGGAAUUUGGGGGGUCUGCGAAUUGAUUUCAGGAUGGGAAAAGCGAAGAGAACCGCCAAAUUUGCCGUCAUGAAGAAACUCGUCUCCCAUAAAGCCAUUAAACAAUACAAAGAGGAAGUCUUAAACCCUAAUAAGAAAGAUUUAACCAAGGAAAACCUCCCCAGAAAUGUACCACAAGUUUCAUCUGCGCUUUUCUUCAAGCACAACACUGCUUUGGGGCCGCCAUAUCGAGUUUUGGUGGAUACUAACUUUAUUAAUUUCUCCAUCCAAAAUAAAUUGGAUUUGGAGAAAGGGAUGAUGGACUGCUUAUAUGCAAAAUGCACCCCAUGUAUCACAGACUGUGUUAUGGCUGAGCUUGAGAAGUUGGGUCAAAGAUACCGAGUUGCUCUCAGAAUUGCCAAGGAUCCUCGGUUCGAAAGACUUCCGUGUACUCACAAGGGUACAUAUGCUGAUGACUGUCUUGUCGAUAGGGUUACACAGCACAAGUGCUACAUUGUUGCAACUUGUGAUCGAGAUUUGAAGAGGAGGAUUAGAAAGAUACCCGGUGUACCAAUUAUGUAUAUCGCCCAGCAUAGGUACUCCAUCGAACGACUUCCUGAAGCUACGAUUGGUGGAGCUCCAAGAAUUUAAUUACAAGAAGUUAGAAGUUGGAAAUUCAAGGUUAUUUUCUUAAGCGAAAAUCCGGCCCUUAUUUCUAGUACAAGGAAACGACGAGGUGGCACUUGACGGGCGUACUAUUCUUGUAGCAAAUUUUGUAUGAAAUCUUAGCGAAAAAUGUUAAUUAACUUAUUCUCGCCUUUCAAAUGAGUUGAAUUUUCGAUUAAUGUCUUUACUAAAAUUACUUUUUCCAUUUGAUACAAUGCGAUUAAUUUUCGUUCA